AUGAUGUCCGCUGGGGAGCGAGAACGGAACUACCCGCCUGACGUCCAGAAGCGGGACUAUCGGAAGUUUGCCGAGCCAUUCCAACUGAUCAAUGGCGAACUCUAUCACCAAUCAAAGAAGUGUGCUCAACCGAAGAAGGUGAUCGUCGGGGAAGAAGAAAGGAAUCGCGUAUUGGAUCUCUAUCAUCGUGGAAUUGGUGGUGGGCACUUCGGAAUGAACGCGACUCUUCGCAAGCUUGAGAAGUAUUGGUGGAAGAACAUGACUUCCGACGUGAAGAGGUUUUGUUCGUCCUGCAUUGUUUGCCAAAAGGCGAAUCCCAUGAACAAUCCAGCACCUGCCAAGUUACAUCCAGUAAAGAUUUCCUCUCGCCUCUUCCACCGUUGGGGCGUUGAUCUGGGGUGGAACCGCGUUUCCCCUACGAGCUCGACAAUCCCAUCACCUCAGAAGACCUUGCCGAUCCAAUCCGGACUGAGGAGACUGGAGAAGAGAAUGGGAGAAAUUGAGCUUCGACUAAAGAAUAGGAGGCAAGAAGGUCUGCAAAACCUGGAGAAAGCUCAAGAAAAGAAGGACGCCUACGACCUGAAGAGGUCGGGACCUGCAUACAAUGUUGGAGACAAGGUUCUGAAGCGGAACGCGAGGAAGGACACGCGCAUGGGAGGAAAAUUGGAAGAGAGAUUCGUGGGACCUUACUUCAUCCGGGAGGUCUUAGCCAAGGGUGCAUUCUUGCUGCGGGAUGACAAUGGAAAGGAUCUCACUCAGAAAGUGAACGGAUCCAACCUAAGGAGAGUUAUCAGCCCAAUUAUGCCAUCAGCCGCCUCACUCUCCAAGUCUCUUCCACCAUCACCUCCAACGCCUCCGCUUCCUUCCUGGGCGGGCCUCUCCGUCAUCUCAAAUCACUACAGUCGUUUCCGCAGCGAGCACUGUCAGGCUGUACAUUUUGAUGUAGGGAGGAGGCAUUCGUUUCGCAACGGAAACAUGCUCACUGGUGCUGAAAUGUGGAAGGUGCAAUGCUCCUCCAAAUUUUCUCCGUUCGAGCUCAUGUUCGGGAUGGAACCGCGUUUCCCCUACGAGCUCGACAGUCCCAUCACCCCAGAAGACCUUGCCGAUCCAAUCUGGACUGAGGAAACUGGAGAAGAGAUUGAGAAGAGGAUGGGAGAAAUUGAGCUUCGACUGAAGAAUAGGAGACAAGAAGAAAAGCAGAAGGACGCCUACAACCUGAAGAGGUCGGGACCUGCCUACAAUGUUGGAGACAAGGUUCUGAAGCGGAACGCGAAGAAGGACACGCGCAUGGGAGGAAAAUUGGAAGAGAGGUAA